UCUUGUUACACCUCCCAGUGUGUGUAUGUGUGUGCUUCUUUGCCGCCUUUCCCCGAUCUUCGGCGACAAACACCAGCUUCAGUGAUUUCGCGCAAAAUGAAGAAUUAAACUAACCAUCUCGUCCCUGUGAAGCCAACGAUGUCCUAAAAGGGCGAAACCAAAGUGAAAAAUGACAAACGUGUCCUCUGCCUCCGUCCCCGCUCGUCUCACUCUCCUCGCCCUCCUCUCCGCCACCACCUUCUACUGCUUCUACAAGUCUCGCCGCCUCAAACUCUCCUCAAUCUCAAACCCUAACCCUAACCCUAACCCUAAUCUCACUCCACGCAGAGCCAAACUCUUCUUCGUGUCGCAGACCGGUACUUCCAAAGCCCUAGCUCGGCGUCUCUUCGAUCUUCUCACCUCCAACGGUCUCGCAUUCGACCUCGUCGAUCCAAAGGACUACGAGCCCGAAGACCUCCAUUUGGAAACCCUAGUAUUGAUCGUCGCUUCCACCUGGGAAGACGGUAAGCCUCCUCCGAAUGGUGGAUUCUUUGGGAAUUGGUUGGAGGAGAGUGCCGAUGACUUCAGAGUCGGAUCGCUGCUGCUUAGCAAGUGUAAAUUUGCUGUCUUUGGGGUUGGAAGCCGGUCCUACGGAGCGGCGUUUAAUGCCGUGGCGAGGGGUUUUUCGAAGCGGAUGAGAGCGCUUGGGGCGGCGGAGGUUUUGCCUGUUUGUGAGGGUGAUGUUGACGAAGGUGGUUUGGAUGAGGUGUUUGAUGUUUGGAGUGGGAAGUUGAUUGGAGUUUUGAAAGGUGGUUGUUCGGAAAAUGGGGGUAUUAUUGCUUCUGGGGUUGUUAAUGACAGUGACUCGGAGAUAAUUGAUGGGUCGGAUGAUGAUGAUGAGGAGGAAGAGAAUGCCUUGGAAUCGAGUAUUGUUGAUCUUGAGGACAUUGCAGGGAAAGGUCCUUCAAGGAAAGCAACAACAAUUGUUGAAUCUAAUGGGAAGCUGGUGAAUGGCGAAAAAGAAAUGGUGACUCCAGUAAUUAGAACGAGCUUAGAAAAACAGGGAUAUAAAAUUAUUGGUUCACAUAGCGGUGUUAAACUUUGUAGAUGGACCAAGUCACAACUCAGAGGGCGUGGAGGCUGCUACAAGCACUCGUUUUAUGGAAUAGAGAGUCAUAGGUGCAUGGAGACAACUCCAAGUUUGGCAUGUGCCAACAAAUGCGUUUUCUGUUGGAGGCAUCACACAAAUCCUGUAGGAAAGAGCUGGCGAUGGAAGAUGGAUGAUCCUUUAGAUAUUGUGAACUCUGCCAUAGACCUGCACACAAAAAUGAUAAGGCAAAUGAAAGGAGUUCCUGGUGUUAAACAGGAGCGCUUAUCGGAAGGUCUUUCCCCUAGGCAUUGUGCCUUAUCACUUGUUGGUGAACCUAUCAUGUAUCCAGAGAUUAACUCACUUGUAGAUGAACUGCACCGGAGGCGUAUUUCUACUUUUCUGGUCACCAAUGCACAGUUCCCUGAAAAGAUUAAGAUGCUGAAACCUAUCACCCAGUUAUACGUUAGUGUAGAUGCUGCAACAAAGGACAGCUUGAAGGCAAUUGAUAGGCCACUGUUUGGGGAUUUCUGGGAGCGAUUUAUUGAUUCCUUGACAGCUCUCCGAGAGAAGCAGCAGCGAACUGUGUAUCGCUUGACACUGGUUAAAGGGUGGAAUACAGAGGACAUAGAUGCCUAUUUUAGCCUAUUUGACAUCGGAACACCUGAUUUUGUUGAAAUUAAAGGCGUCACCUAUUGUGGAACGUCUGCUACAUCAAAGUUGACCAUGGAGAAUGUGCCAUGGCAUGCUGACGUGAAAGCUUUUUCAGAGGCCUUAGCUCAAAAAAGCAAAGGGGAAUAUGAGGUUGCUUGUGAGCAUGUCCACUCAUGUUGUGUCCUCUUGGCAAGGGUUGAAAAGUUUAAGGUCAAUGGCCAAUGGUUCACAUGGAUAGAUUAUGAAAAGUUUCAUGACUUGGUGGCUUCUGGAAGACCUUUUAAUAGCAAUGAUUACAUGGCUGCCACCCCAUCUUGGGCUGUCUAUGGAGCAGAGGAAGGUGGGUUUGAUCCUGGUCAAUCUCGAUAUAGAAAGGAGCGGCAUCACAAAACUCAAUGACCGAUCAGGUGUGUGCUGAAUUUCGACUACCUAAGUAGAGAAACUGCAAGAGUGUUGAAGUAACUGUGUUGAGUCGCUAGAAUUGCCUUCAUUUUUUGUUACCUGAGAUUAGGUGUUACUGUAAUUUAGUUCCUCGAGGAAAAGUUUUGCAUUACAUGACAAUAGAAGGUUGCAAAUCGUCGUCAAUGUAAUACUUCGUGCAUGUAAUUUUGUCAUUAUUUAAAAAUUGUAAUGCUUUGGUUUUGGGGGGUUAUAAAUACAUCAUUUCGCCCUUCCAUAGAGUGUUCUAGUGCAUCGUGACUCAAUUGCCCUUCCUUUCAAGAAAAUAAUGGGAUUCCUCAGCCUGAAAUGCUUCUUGGGAUUCCUUACCUACUGACCUUGGCUAUAUUUGAAGCUGCUAGCCUAAAGUACUGAUGGCGUUCAAUAAUCUCAAUUAAGCUUUCUUCUUUGUUCAUUUAGAUUUAUGGAAUAGGUUAUAUAUUACUUUUGUAUCAUAUUUAGAAGUUUUUAUUUAAAUUUUUAUCUUCUCAGUUUCCAUUUGAUGUUAAA